AUGUCUAAUAUCUCACAAGCUGAAAUUGAAAGACCUAGUGUUUAUUCUGUUGCCGGGAUAGUAUUAAACAUUCUUUCGGCCAUAAAGAAUAAUAGCAUCGAUGCGGUAAACGAAAUUGACGUGACAACGAAUGAGGUGGAAUUUAAUAGUGAUAAAUUUCUUGAAGAUACAGCAGUUGAGCAAACGCUUUGUGCCAUAUGGGAUUUAUCAAGUUUGGAAGAAUACGCAAAUAUACUUGUGAACGAAUGUCAAAUUCACCGUAUAAUGUUAAAGUUAAUCACAUCGACAGCACGCAAUAGAACCAAAGAAUUGUCGUUAGGUGUCCUGGCUAAUUUGGCUUGUUUUCCUGAUAAAGCAAUGAUUUUAAUUGGGGAUAUGGAUUUGCUUAAUAUCAUCCAAGUCCUUAUCAAGGAUGAUGAAAAUGAAGAUGAUGUACGUGUUUUAUUCGAAGCUUCUAGCUUCGUAAGAAACAUUUUGACGAAUUCACCGCAUUAUAAUUCUGAUCAUGAAUCAACUCUAUCGGAAUUCUUAUUCAAUGAUAAUUUGGUGUCAAGAUUUAAUUAUUUUUUAAAAAACACUUUAAAUGAUGAUCUAUUUUUCGCAAGUCUGGAAAUAUUAAAUUGCAUACUUUUUAUUGGAAUACCUGAACAACAUUUUGAGUUCAUGUCAUUGGAAAUAAUUGAAUGCUUCAAUAAUAUUUGUGAAAGAAUCAGUACUUUUAAAGAUAUUAGCAGGAAGUUAUUUAUAACAAUCAUUAAUCUAAUGAAUAUAUUGCUUGAAACUGGAUUGAUACCACCCGACGUAUUUGAGAGGAACCAUGGAACUUUAUAUCAAUUACAACAUCGAACCAAAGAUGAAUAUUCCGACGAGGAUGGGGAUGAUGAUGAAAUACUCAAUCUGAUUGAAACAUUUAAGAAUAAAAUAGAAUUAUCUAAAAAAAGAUGA